GAGGGACCAAAGUCCUCUGUUGUUGAUACCACAGUCUCCAGUAACAACUAAGUUGUCUAAUCAGCCGUUUGCAGAGUGUUACCGUGGACCUAAAUACUUAUUCCGGUCUUAGCAAUACAGAUUUGAAAUCAUGGAAAAGCAUGCGAUGUUUCUGUUGUUGAUAUCGUUUGCAGCAUCUUUCGCCCAGAAACCGGUUGUCAGGCCACUGAAUAUUGCACACCGUGGCAGCUCCGGUAGAUUACCUGAACACACCGUUGAGGCAUACAGGUAGGAACUUCACUUUUCAAAUUCCCAUUGCCUGAUCGAAAGAGGCAAGAAUUUUGAUAUAAAAUGCAAUGCAGAGACUUUCAUGCCGUGUUUCGCGAGCCAAAAUAACAACAGUCAUAUAGAUCGAAAGGAAUAUUUUUAAGUGCAACUAGUAUAAUCAUGACAGGUUGACCUUUGAUGAUAAAAAUGUGAAGAUGCGUGAAAGACAGCAAUUCCUAUAUCAUUUAUGUUCCUGCAUGAAAAUUGGGACUGAAGAAAAAAGAAUAGGUCUUGAAAUCGCUUCCCGCGCUACUUUAACACGGAAAAUUAAAACAAAAACAAAGUCAUUGACUAAUCAAUUAUUUCCUUGUAAUAUUUAACACAAAGGACAAUAGGUUACACUCCAGUGCUUCGUCUGAUUUACCGGUAUUAAAAGAAAUUGAGUUGUCUUAAAUUUGAGCAAAGUAAAGUUGACAAGACUGAGUGAAAUUAGUCAGAUUUCUUGACUAUUAAGGUUCGUCUUUCCUCGGUAGGCAACGAAACCAGCCGUGAAAUUAUAGUACACUUAUUCGUACUCAAACUUACAGUUUGCAUUUGAAAGCAGAUUGCUACGAUUUAUCACAUGAAGGACUUUGCGGGUAACCCGAAGCAUAAAAACACAAAACAGUUUUAAGAAUUUCAAAUAUGACGUUCUUUGUGUGACACGCGUUACACGAAACAAAUAUCACGGAGAGGUUUGCUUGUUUUUCGUUUUUUCACCGGGGGGAGAAUCGUUUCCCAUUAAAUACAUGGCCUAUACAGAUAUUGUUAGUUGUUCCAUUUGUCUUUGUGUCCAUUCAUUUAUUUCUUUUGUUGGUUCGUUCUUUAUUGUCGUCAUAUGCAGGAUACAUUUUCUUUUCAUGUGAACUCUGUAGCUCAUUUUUGAGCUCUCAUUGCCACCCACUUAAUGAUGAGGGACUGAUGACAUAAAAUCCUUAACACUUGAGCUUCGAGGCAGAGAAAACUGGGGCGAAUCGAAGGCCAUCUUCAUUUGCCAAUCGCGAAAGAGGCUUCCUAACCAUAUCAUGUCCACUGUAAACAAUUUAUGUCCAUGUUAUGUCCAUUCUAAUCCAUUGGCACCUUUCUAGAGAGACCCUAAAACCACGAUUGAUGUAUGUAAGCUCAUGUUCUCUUGAAUUAACAAAUAGAGAAGCCUUGACUGAGCUUUCUUCUGUUGUUGAGUACGCAGGAAGCAGCUAGAGCACGAAAGAAGUGUGGGGAAGGUUUUCGUUAUAUGUCGGAAGACUUUCGUUAUGUCACGAUAAAAUCAGUCGAGUUGAUUCCCCAAUGAGGUUCGGUAAUAUUCUCAUGCCCCCCUCCUAUUGGCAACAAGGGUACUGGGUCCAAUUUGUAUGUAGUACCCCAUUUAUACUCUGUUGGCGACGACUGAUCCUCCUCCUUUCAUCCAUGUGGCCCCCUAAAACCCUCCGUGCGCCCCCUCCCCCUCCCCCUCAGGCGCGAUAAAUAAUGACUGACUUCCUUAUGUUUUGAACAGGUUGGGUGUUGAAGAUGGCGCAGACUACAUUGAAUGCGAUGUCUGUAUCACCAAGGAUCUGGUGCCCAUUUGCCGCCACGAGAGCUGGCUGAAUCACACCACUAAUGUCUGGGAAAACCAAACCCUUCACUCCAAAGUGAAGACUUACAAGGUGUUCCAACCUUAUUCAAACACUACUAAGACUAUCACCGACAUCUUCACUGUGGAUCUCACUUUGGCAGAGAUCAAAACCAUCGGCGUUAAUCAGAAGUAUCCAUUCAGAGAUCCAAAUUUUAACGGCUUGUUUAAAAUUCCUACACUUCAGGAGUACAUUGAUGUCGCCAAAUCUGUCAACAGAGUUGUAGGAAUAUACCCUGAGAUUAAAAAUCCAGAGUGGGUAAAUUCGUUAGAAAUUUUGCGAAGUAAAAACACAACUUUCGAGGAUGUGGUUCUCGACGUUUUGCACAAGAAUGGAUAUCGUAAAAAAGACUCCCCUUGUUAUGUACAGUCUUUCAGCGAGAAAAGCAUCAGAGAAUUGAAGACGAAAACCGAGCUGCCUUUGGUGAAACUUUUUGAUUAUCCCUUUCCUGAAGCAAAGCUCCAAGAACUGUCCUCUAUCUGUGCUGGUAUUGGUGUUUGGAAGAACCUGAUUAUACCACAGCGUAAUGGUUAUCUGCAGAAAACAACCGAUCUCCUCACCAAUGCACGCAAGAACAACCUGAUGGUUCAUAUUUACACGUUCAGGAACGAAGACAAAUACUUGGCGUGGAAUUACACCCAAGAUCCUUAUAACGAGUAUCAAAAGUUCUUUGAUCUUCAGGUUGAUGGAUAUUUUACAGAUUUCCCUGCCAGCCUCAAGCGAUUUUUGGAUAUGAAAUUCACUUCUGAACCGACGCCAAAACCUUGUCCCAGUGGCGUCCCUGGGACACACAAGGGUGGGUAUCCUGUGCCAGCUCUUGUUCUCAUCGUCACGCUUAUCCAUAAGUUUCUCAAGUAGGCAAUUACUUGGUUUUUCUUUUCGUUCUGCUUUUUCCUACUUGCCAAAUAUUCGAACCUUAUAAAUUCAGUUUACUCAACAAUUUUUCAGUUGGGUGUCAAAAGUAGUCCAGGUAUCAUUGGUUGGUUUUACCUCGCUCUGUCAUUGGUACAUGCAGAACACCCGUACCACCCUCUCAACCAAUUAGAUGCGAAAGUAAUUUCAACUGCGUCCUGGUCACGCGAGAUUCCCGCGCUUUUAUCGAUAAGAGCUCCAUUACCCCAGUAAUUUCAAUUUCUCUAGAGAUGCAUGCAUAUUUGAGUUAUUUUUUCGCUUCUUGAUGGAAUUCCUUCGCAUAGAAUGAAUUCUUCACCUAGUUGUUCAGGAGUUUAGGAGAACCCUAAAGACGUGAUGACAGAACAAAAAAACUGAAAGUGGUUUCGGACGAAUACGAACACAGAUUGCAAUUGACAUGCUGAAACAUCUCAGCUGAAGUUUCAAAGAUUGAAAAACGUGAGUAGUUCGGGCCUCGAGGAGAAGGUCGCUAUUAGAGGAGGCUUAAAAAUUGUCUCCUUCUCCUUCUUCUCCUGUUCACUUUCUCUUUCUCUUUUUCUUUCUUCUUCUUCUUGUUUUGUUUUGUAAAAAAAAAAAAAAGAUUAUCAAUAACCUGAGUUUUGUUUUCAUCUUUUUAGGCAGGUUGCAUGCUGUAAUAUAGUAACUGAUUUGCCUCUCUGUUGUGUAGUGUACAGUGGUUUAUCUAAAAGCGUGUUCAACAACACUGGUGCACUGUUUACUUGUCAAUUACAAUUUAAUUUUCGACUGAUAAACUGUGACGUAAUAGUUCUUGUGACAAGCUUGUGAAAUAGGACGCCUCUGAUUGAAGAAUAGAGUUAGACUUGAAAAGUCGUUACCAAAAUAGGAAAACUUGUCAAGAAAUGAUGUCCAUGCAUGUGAUUA